GUAUAGAUGAAGUGCGAGGUGCAACAGUUACGCUACAUCCUGGCUUAUGUUUAACAGGUUGUCACGGUGUUAUUACUGCUUGGAAGAACUAGCUGGCUACUAUGUUUUAUGUGCGGAAUGUACUGAAGUCAAAAUAUGCAUCAAAGUAAGAUUAUUUAUACAAUGUAAUUCAUCCCAUACAAGUGUUUCUUAUGCGGUGUUGAGGGUGGUAAACAUAAGAAGAUUCAUAAAUACGUAGUCAAGAGCUCUAAUGGUGACUGUCUUUCAGCACCUGGUAAGAAUUCAUGGCUGGCUGAAGAUGAAUUAAAGUUACUAGAAGCACUGGAGACCUACGGUUAUGGUAAUUGGGAUGAGAUAUCUGCACAACUUCAGUCGCAUAGUGCUGCGGAUUGUCGAGAUCAUUAUGAGAAUUUCUAUAUGUCAGGCAUUAUGAAAGAACUAUAUUCAUCCACCUGCUCAUUACCAUCUGUCACGGAACAUAUUUAUUCCUGCCAGCAGCUCGAUUGUGAAGAUGAAAAAAAUCCGGCUUGUGAUUUGCGGAUUAGUCAUCAGAAAUCACUUGGAUAUUUACCAUACAGGGAUGAAUUUGAAUAUGAAUACAUUAACUCAGCUGAAGAAGUUUUAAAUGCUGUUUAUGGCACUCCUCACGAAGACGAACUUAACGAGGCAUUUCAGUUAGCAUUGAUCAGCAUUUACAAUCAAUACAUAGAGAAACGUUAUUUCCGUCAUCGGGUAGCGCGUUCACAUAAUCUGGUAAUUCGUCUUAUGCGUGAUGUAAUACACAGCCAGUCAGAAGAGAAGUCACACAACCCAACUAAACUAGGUGGUUAUCCUAGUCGACGCGGUCGUCGUGUUUCUCGACUUAAAACGAAUAAUCGGAAUUGUUGUUCUCAAAGCAAACUUAAUAAGUCAAAAACUCAACAUUCUUACAAAUUAGGAAAUAGUGACAAUCUAAUUAUUAAUCCUGAUGUCAACUGUAAUCCUACAAAAACUGAGCAAGUCAAUGACGAAGUUUUUGCCCAGUCUCCAGCUUUAACACCAAAACACUUGGAUCGUUCAUGGGAAUCAUUACCAACACCCAUCUUACAACAUUUCCAUGCCUCAUAUUUGAAUAAACAAAGUGAAGAUAAGGGGGUCUCUAUAAACAAUCCAGAUUUUUCUGGCGUAAGCAAAACCCUGGAUGUAGCCUGUGCCCCUAAAAAAUCGCUUAUUCAUGAUGGUUUAUGGCCAACUGAGUCUUCCACUUCAUCUGAAAUUCUGGAUUCAGGUAUUAGUUCUGUGGAAUCGUCUUCUAAUUCUACUACAUCUUGUGGUAGUUUAAGCGACCCAUUUAGUCUUAACUCUACUAAGUCAUCCAAUGAAUCACUGCCAUUCUCUUGUAAUGUUACCACCCGUCCGCGAUCUAAUUCUGAUUCUGCCUGUGAUCCCGCAACACUGAGAUCGAAAAUUCAGUAUCCCACUUGGGUAGAGCAAAUCUUGUCAAAUAAUCCAUAUAACCAGAAAGUUCCGCAAGUUGACAGUACUUCCAACUCCAAUGCAGGUCUCAUUCAUCCCGUCUGCAAAGUGGAGACUCCUUUACAUGUACCCUUGAGACGCCGUCGUGGACGCCCACCUCGAGACCGUUGUAUAAUAUCCUACACUGAUAACAAGCAGCAAAAUCACCAAACAUUCUUACUUGCAUCAAGUCCAGAAAAACUUAAUAGCGAGUCCUGUUUACAGACAUCAUUUAAUUCAUCUCCUGAAAAGAAUAUUUUAUCUAAUUCUGUGAUGAAUGAUUGCCCUAAGAAGUUUACAAGUUUAACUACUAAUGUAGAAACUCCAAUAUCAGUGCCUGCAUGUCGUCGUCGCGGUCGUCCACCACGUAAUCGUCGAUUGGUAUCAUCUGCACCACACAGUCGUUUCAAUGAAAAAUUUUUAACGCAUCCUGAAUGGCUGAAACCAUUCUUUCGUUAUCUUUCUACAUCAGAAGCGGAGAUGUUUCUUAAAGAUUUCGAACGUGAACGUGUCCUCCGUGUCGAACUUAAUCAUCUGAUACAAAAUUCUCAGGUGUUACAUGAAUCUCCCAAAGAACAAACAACAGCCAGUAGUCAUAUUAAGCCAGAUAAUUCAUCUGAACAGCUGGACCUAAAAGACAAUCCUCCUUCUGCAUCUUCAUCAUCGUCAACUUCUUCUUCUUCUUCUACAGCUUCCAAGUCUAGUAAACCGCGAACAUCGCUAAUCCAUCGUCGAUCAUCUUAUUUAGCAAGAUUACGUAAUGUUAAACAAUCAUAUUAUACAACUAGACGAAGGUCGAUUCAUCAUCGCCAUCAUCAUUUCACCUCAUUCAAUAAAAUAAAGCAUAAUCUUAAUUGUAGACAUUAUCAUCAUAAAAUUAAACGAAUUAAAUUUAAUAAUAAUAAUAAUAAUAGAAUUCAUCAAAAGAUAAUGAUAAAUACUCACGACUAAUGUUAAUUUCUUUUGGUUUGUUUUUCCAAAGUUUCAUUUAUAUUAUUAUUAUUGUUGUUGUUGUUGUCGCUGCUGUUUUUUUAACUUUGAUCUCAGGUUUGUUAGUUAGACAGGCAGACUGUUGUUACUACUCUUCAAUCUCUCUAUGUUUAACCAAUCUGUAUGAAUAUUUAUCUAUGGAUGUUUCAUGUUUUAUUCACUACCGACUGACAUCUACCUAACACUCUUAGUGAUAUAUAUAUUAUAUUUUGUACAUAUCAUUCAUUAUUCUAGGUGAAAUAUAUUCAAAGUAUUAUUGACUGUUGUUAUAUAUAUGUAAGUAAACUAUCUAUACAAAAUUAGGACUAAUAGGUUUUUGUUUCUUCUUCUUCUUUGUUUUAUAAAAUUAAUAAUAAUUUUUUUUGUUUUUGUGACUGAUCGCUACAAUAACGCUUAGCUAUAAUUACUGUUAAGUUGCCUUGUCCUUUUGUGAUGGGUUGCCUGAUUGACUUGCUUCAAUAGGUUUUUUUUAAAUCUUUUUUUUGCUUUUUCUUUAUUGGCUGUGUUCUUUCUACUCACAACGUUAUCAUAUUUGUGAUCGUUAAUGGUUGUUUAUUUUGUUUUGUUGCUUAGGUUAUACACACACACAAGCUACUGUCACUUUCAUUGCAUAUAUUUCUUUGUCUCUUACACUGUUGUAUUGUGAUUCCUCCUCCUCCUCCUGCUUGUCUUUAUCUCACUUUCUAGUGUUUGUUUUACUGCUUUCUAACGUUUUGUAUUUCGGUGAUAAGCAGCAGUAGUAGGGGUAACUGCUCAAUUAAUUGUGAAUGUUAUUUUGUUUUGUUCUACUUCUUAAUAGGUAAUGGUUGUUUAAGCAACAAAAAAAAUGCAUUACUGCACUUGUGAUAGACAGACUGUCUAGGUGUCUGUUCUAUUCAAUUUAUUCGUUCUUUAUUGUAUAGGAUAUUAUUAUUACUAUUAUUAUUAUUAUUAUUACUAGGCCUAUAUGCAUACAUAUAUUACAUGUAUCCUGUUAUGCAAUGUUAUGUUAUGUUAGUUAUAUUCCAAUAAUAGUAUUUCCUCUG